UCUUCGUCUCGGUCUUGCUUGCUGCACCUGCUCCCCUGCUGCUCCUGCUGCUGCUGCUGCUGCUGCUGGCUGCCUGCCGAGAUCCAGUUGUCUUCGCCCUUAUCCUCAUCUCCACCCUCGCCCUGCAUCCAGUCGUCGCACAUCCGCCCGCCCUCCGAUCGCCACUUCGUUUGCCAUGACAACCCAGCGACGACUCCCGCCGCCCGUCAUCUACUCGCAAGUCCAAAAGCACUCGACCCUGACCACCCCCCCGUCCAAGCCUGUCUCGGUGCCAUGUCCUCCCACUCCCCCUCCGACGACCGCCAUCCCAGAAAUCCCACCUCCCUCGCUAUCGCUUGACAAGGACGAGCCAUCCGUGGACUUUUCGCCGAUAUCCUCUGGCGGCUCGCUUCUCGAGGCUGCCUUUACGUACGCCGACCGAGAUUCGCUCGAGAAUGAGAUCACCGAGUUCUUUGCCUAUUCAGACGGCGUCCCCAUUCAGCAAGGAAAGCAGUUGUUCGAACAGUUUUUCCCAGGGCUGUGGACUGACGCAUCGGCAGAUACGAAGCAGUCUUACAUCGAGCUCCUCCUGCACAAGCUCGAGCAGGCCGAUCAGAACAGGCGGCAAUCGUCGAUCAAAGAGUUGCUGUACAUAUCCAUGGGGGUCUUUGCAGAGGCAGACAGUAUCGAGAGCCACAUCGAGAUGAUCAAGGAGAACAACGGCUUUCUUUGCCGGAUCGGAGCCACACCGUUCUUCAUAGAUGGACUCAAGUAUGCUUCUGGAACCCUGGCCGCGGUUUCCAAGAAAAUCGGACCGACCCCGAGCCCCAGCGAAAGGGGCCAGCUCGAUAUGCUGUUUUUGGAGAUAUCGAUCUUUUUGAACCUAAUCUAUUUAUUGGUCGAAGUGAACCUGGACGACCCGAGCUUUGUUCGGCAGCUGGACGGCGAGCCGAGUCUCCUGGUGUUCCUGUUCGACUGCAUCGGCCAGAUGCAAGAGAGCAACCGACAAAACUAUCCGCUGAAGAAGUUGAUGGCUCUCCUCUGGAAAACGAUGCUGGCUUGUUUUGGAGGAACCCGUCAUUUCGCCGACCUCAAAAAUGCCUCGCGGUAUCGAGAAGGGCUCGAUCCGCUGAGCGACAAGGGACUCUUCCUCAAGUCGUCGCCUGCAGAUUUACAUCUCUAUCAUGCAGUAGCAUCCCACCGGCAUCCAAUCUGCUUCUUGCCGGAGGUGCAUUCGAUCCUCGGCAAGCGACAACAAGAGGCCGGUCUCUACAAGUUCUCCACCUCGCUCUCGGCAUACGAGCCAUGUCUCCAGACGGCUGACAAGGUCAUUUCCCAGUCCUCUACAUGGCCGGGAACCAUCCUCCCUCUCUCCGACGAGCCACUCCCCAGUGCCUUCAAGGAGAGCCUGGAAGUAUUGGAGAGGCAUCUCUACAUCACACAUACAUCGGUGCAGAUCGCUCGUGAGCAGCUCGACCAGGACAGGAUGGCGACCAUGGGCAGCUCGGUCUUCACCCAAGACAUCCACCAGACGCGACCCAUCACCCGGGACCGCUCCGAUGAUGCUCGCAGAUGGGCGAGCGACGACGCCUUUGAGCGGCUCGAGAGAAUCGAAGCAACCUAUCGGGCGCUUCUCCCCAAGCUGCAUACCUACAUCGAUACCCUGGUGCGUCUUCUUUACUAUGUCAACAUUGGCUGGACAAACUCCAAUCCCAACACACAAGGCAACCAAGCCCUCGACACCCCAGUCGAGAACUUGUCCGCCGAGGAGCGACAGCGCGCCGUCGAGCAGGCAGAUCUAAGCCGUCAUAAGGAGAUCGUGACCAAGGCCCUCACGGGGAUAUUCUUCCUGCUCCUGAAGAGCACCAAGGCGUGCAAUGUUUUCAUGUUUGAAUACAUCUCCGAGCAACUCCUCGACAAAAAUUGCUCGAUUCUCAUCCUGAAGAUGCUGAAUUCUUGGUUCCCCAACCAAGCCGCCGCUCGAGCACCGCCUGUCAACAACUUUACGAGCUGGGGCACAAUGGACUCGGCCUCUCCCCAGACCCCAGCGCCCACAUCGACCUUUGGAAGUAACAGUACUACCGGUAUUAACGCCAAUACUCUGCCGCUGUGGCUCAGGGACAGGAAAGAAACAGAGCCCAGCUUCUUUGCAUACAUCCGCUCCGGCGGGGGCCUGACGGAUGACAAAAAUCCCGGCGCCGUCCCUGCAUCCAACACGACCUCUCCAGUCGAGGGCGAUGGCACUGUCAAGGUGUCCUGGAGGAACUUUUUCAGUACCAUCAACCUGCUGCGUGUCCUCCAGAAGAUGACCAAACGCAAGCCGCAUCGAAUCAUGGCAUUUGUCCAGCUAAAGCCCAACGCGCUGCUGAAGCGAGUCGUCCGCGUGCAGCACUAUGCAGUGCAGAUCUAUGCCCUGAAGCUCCUCAAAAGCCAAACCCCUUAUCUCGGGAAGAAAUGGCGAUCGGUGACUGCAAACAUGAAGGUGAUUACAUCAAUAUUCAUGCACCUGCGCCCCAGGUUGAAUGAGGAAUAUCUCUGCAGCGACUCCGAGUGCAGCCCCGAGCAGGCAUUGGCUCAGGAGCAAGAUAUGCGCGCCUUGACGGUGCGAUUCCACCAGCGUCAUUUUGAAGGGCUGUUCCCCAGCGCCAGCACCCAAAUCGAGAGCACUCCGCCGCCAGGACACCCGCACCUGGAAUCAGACGAGGAGCUGGAGGCUCUGCUGAUGGAGGGAGGGACGCUCUAUCCAAACAAUCCCGAGUACGAAAGGUACCUGGAACGUCUUCAAGUCCGCACCGACUCGGCCUUUGUCGAGGAUUACGAACACUGGAUUUCCACCGAGGUUUAUCAGAAGCAGAUGAUUCGGCUUGAGAUCUCGCCGGAUGAUCCAAAACCGUCGGCCAUUGUCCCUCCGGUCGACCGCAAACCAAGCGCCCUUGCGCGAGAUGAGCUCGCAGCCGCGGCACCGACGGUGAAAGCCAAAAAAUCGGUGGAAAGGUCCCAAGGAAGCUCUGCAGUCGAGGGUAGCGCCAUGCCUUUCUUGGCAGCGAUUCCUCGGCUGUCCUCUGCUAAUCGCGAGGUUCAUUCCGAUGUCGGCGCCAGCAGCAGCAGCGUCAUCGCAGGCGAGGAGCCACCGAGAAUGGCGCUGUUUUCGACGGUGCAAAAGGAGAUAGCAAGCACUUUCCUCAAGUCGCCUAUCCCGGCUGCACCGCUGCUGAUAUCGGCUGUGUCGCCCAGCCACAUCCGCUCUCCUCUGGCCUCACCCCUAGCGUCGCCGCUGCACUCGCCUCUCCAAUCGCCCUCGCUGAACAAGAAAAAGUCAACGACUGUACUUCCGGCUCCGAGCCCGACGCCCGUGGUUGUCGAUGGCUGGAGCGUCGACGCUGAGCAAGAACACGAAGCAGAGCCACUGCCAUGGAGCUCGUCUAGUGCAUCCUGGAGCGACUCGACCAAGAGCCCCGAGGGAGCUCGAAUCUAUUCCACAUGGGGAGCUGCGCCCGUUUCGCCGGAUCUGCCGAACACCCAGUGGACGGCUAGAGACCCGCCCCAAGUCGGCAGCGAAAGCCCAGGCGACGGCUUUGGUGACAGACCCGGUCCUGGAGACGAUGGCUAUUUCUGGCCCGAUGAAGCUCCGGUGCAGAACGAAUACGUCGAUGUUUUCAGCGGAGCGUUCUCGACCUCGGACGCCGGAGACGAUGGCGAGACAAGCGGCUCGACGAACAACAAUUGCCACUCCAACCACCCUGAUCACGGCGAGGCAUCCAGCGAGAUGUCGUCUGGUGAGACGGAAGUAGCCUCUCCGUCAGGUCCGAACAGCAUGUCGCAAGGCGGAUCCCGGUCAGCAGAGUCGCACAUAUCAAACCCCGACGAGCACCCCGACGAGCACACCGACGAGUCCGAUCUAUCAGGCAUAUCCGAAGACGAAGGAGCCUCCGCGGGUACGAAGGUCGACAGCCCGGAGAGCCAAAGCACCCUGUCAGUGCCGUCUCCGUCGAGUGGAGACUCGUGCAUAGCGCCGGCGGUGUUGCCACAGGCCCAGUCACCAGGCACCCAACCAAGGGAAGCAGCCACAAAAAAUGCAUCCAAAACCACAAACUCCAAAAAGAACCACGCCAAGAAGAAACGCCGCGCCAAGAAAAAAUAGGGUCCCAUUCCCACACAUACUGUCAAUCCCGAACGAUAUCCAGAUACUGGGCCUUCUCGAGUCGCUUGGCUUUCCAGGCACACUGAGCACAUCGUUUGGUCAUGGCUGCGAUGGGCGGGUGGGCGUAUUUAGGUCCCAGAAAAAGCAUAUAUGGGUGCGCCGUAGUAGCAGUUGCAGGCGCAUCCCGUUACCUCUUCUACAUUCCAAUCGAAAUAUACCGUCUCAUAGAAACGA